AUGUGCGAUCAAGAAAACAUUAAUUCGAAUGAAAAGAAUGUAGAUGAUGAAAAAGAAAUAGUUGAAAAAGAAAGAGAUGAACAAGAUUACAAAGAAUAUUUGGAGUUUAGAGGUGAAAUCAUAGAUAGUCAUUGCCAUAUUCACGAAGAUGUAGAACAUAUCAAGGAGUCACUCGAGCUACCAUUUAAAAAAAUGCUUCUAAUGGGCACAACUGUACAGGAUUGGGAUAGAGUUAAUAAGCUUUUAGAAAGUAGUGGUAAUAACCAAGAUAGAUUUAUUAGAUGCUUUGGUAUACACCCAUGGUUUGUUUAUCAAAUAAAUCCACCAAAGGAACUUUUGGGUACAACUAAUAGUGAAAAUAAUGAAGUUUUCAAAAUUGACGAGUCAUGGUACAGCACUAUGAAAGAACAGCUUCUUAAAUACCCAGAUUCAUUAGUGGGCGAAGUUGGAAUCGAUAAAGUAACUAAAGUUAAGCAAAUUGGUAAAAAUGAUCAAGAGAGUCAAAUGGCAGUUUUUUCAAAACAAAUAUCGUUAGCAAAUGAAUUAAAUAGAUUGGUUAGUUUGCAUUGCGUACAACUACAUGGUCCAUUAUUGAAAUAUUUUCAAGAUUUACCUAUCGAUAAAUUUCCACCAAAAAUUGCACUUCAUACAUUUGGUGGUAAACCAGCAACGGUUGUACAGUUUUCAAAAAUGGCAGGUGGGAAAGGUGAUAGAUUUUAUUUUGGUCUUUCGUUUAUCAAUUUAACAUCAUCAAAAAUUGAAAAGCUUAUACAGGCUAUACCAGAUGAUAGAAUAUUAAUAGAAAGUGAUCAAUCCACACCAUUAAAAGCAGAAGCAUCAAUAUUUAAACUCAUUCAAAAAAUUUCAAGAUCAAAAAAUUGGACAAUUCAAAAAACGAUUCAACAAACUGCUUUAAAUGCUCUAAAAUUUAUUUCAAAAUAA